AUGCCCGCUCGCAAGCGCGCGAGAGCCGAGGCUCCUGUGGAGACCGCGACGCUGACCGAUCCCGACGAGCACCACCCCACCUUUCGCCAGCUCGCCACCCUGUGGCGCGCUGGGCAGCUCUGCGACGUCACCUUCACUGUCGAGGGACGCUCCUUCUCUGCGCACAAGCUCGUCCUGGCGGCAGCGUCGGCGUACGUGCGCGCUCUCGUCGACGGCCCCCGCUUCGCGGACAGCAGCUCGGACGCCCUUACUCUCGAUGAGAUGCCCGCCGCGGCCUUCGAGCUGCUCCUGGAGUGGAUCUAUUCUGGCUCCUGCAACGCGCCGCUCAACUUGCUGCAGCCGCUGCUGCUGGCGGCGGGGCGGCUGCAGGUGCCCGCCCUCGAGAUGGCGGCAGCACAGGCCGAGCGGCUCGACGCGACAAACUGUUCCGACCUCUGGGCGUUUGCCGAGCGAGCGGCUCUCGUCGACCUCGCAGCGGCAGCCAAGGCGUUCGCGCUCAACCACUUUCAAGAGAUCGCGGGCGACGCGGCGUUCCUCAACUUGCCGCGGGCGCAGCUGGAGGUGCUUAUUUCAAGCGAUGACAUCGCUCUGAAGGAGGAGCUCGUCUUUGAGAACCUGAUGCUCUGGCUGGCGGCCCAACCGGCGGAGGCGCGCGAGCCUGACGAGGUGGCCAAGCUGCUCGAGCACAUCCGUUUUGCAACGAUGGAGCGGGCGUUCAUCACCGCGCGCGUGCAGCCGCACGAGCUGAUGCAGAGCAUGCCCGCCUACAAGGUGCUCGCCGACGCGCUGGCGGACAGCUGCUUUGGCGCUGGCACGGCGAGGAGCGCGCCGCGAGGCGGCUCGUGCGGCUGGCUGCUUGAGGGACUCGACUGCGGCGACAAAGUGACGGCAGAGGGGCGCGUCCUCACCUUCAAGGCAGGCGCGUACCGCCUCGUGCGGCUAGACAAGCUCAUCUCCUCGGGCAAGUGGGAGAUCGGCUUUGAGCUGGUCGCAGACAGUGCUGGCUGUCGCCGUGCCGCCACCGUUUUCGGCCUUGUGGCGCGUGACGGCGGCCCUCCUGUCGACUUUUGUCUCAAGACUUCUGCCUCAAUCGUCCUGGACAACGCCUACAUGCUGCGCCGCCACCAGCGCCUAGUCUACGCAAACGGGACGAUGGUGGGCGAAGGGGAUGGCCAAGUAGGCCAGGGGGAGAGCGAAAGCUACGCGCAAUUCCCUGUCGGCUCCCUCGUCCGCAUCAUCGCGGACAUGGACAAGCGCGAGGCAACCUUCUCCAUCGACGGUACAGCUGUGACGGCUGUCGCAAGGGGCAUCUCUGGACCAGUCUACCCCUUUGUGGGGAGCUAUCAUUCGGCAGGCCCAGACAAGGUGAUCGCGUUCAAGCAUGUGCGCAGGCUCGCGUGA